UCGCAAUCCAAUCGAGUUGAGUCGAAUUUUUUUGAGUGAAUCACUACAUUACAAUGGCAUUCAAGGUUGUCCUCUGUGUGGCUCUGCUGGCGAUGAUCGCCUGUGCCCAGGCGAAGCCCGGCGGACCGGCGGCCUACUCGAUCAGCGCCCCCAGCGUGGACCACGCCUCCGUGGGCAGCACCCAGGAGCACACGGUGAAGGGUCACUACGGCCAGUCCUCCCAGUCGGACUACGCCAGCCAGGUGCAGACGGCCCACUCGCAGUCCCACGUCCAGCGCUCGAGCAUCAGCAAUGACGCCGGCCUGGCGCCCGUCGCCGCCCACGGCUACGCAGCUGCUCCGGCCCACGCCAUUGCCGCGCCCGCCUACUCGCUGGGCUACGCCGGACACACGGCUCCCGCCCAAAUCCAGGGCGUGGCCUACGGCGGACACUACGCGGCCACGGCUCCGGCCGUCCAGAUCUCCGGACUGGGCCACCUGGGCCACUCCCUGGGACACCUGGGCCUGGGAGGCUACGGGGGCUACGGGGGCUACGGAGGCUACGGAUACGGCGGCUAUGGAUCCUACAGCGCCGCUCCGGCCAUCUCCCACGGAUAUCUGGCCCACGCCCCAGUCGCCGCCGCUCCGGUUGUGAAGUACGCCGCUGCUCCCUCGUACGCUCCUGGAAUCAUUGGACACGGCAUCGGACUGGCCGCCCCCGCAUACGCAGCCCCCGCCUACGCCGCCCCUGCCUACGCCACGCAUCUGGCCGGGCCCGUGGUGAAGGCUGCUGUCGCCGCACCCGCCCUCGUGCACACAUCGGUCUCCGGCCACGGCAUUCACUAUGGCUAUUAG